AUGUUGAGCUUUUUAUACGUUUGUUGUUUGUUGUUGAAAGUAGCAAUCAAUGACAUCGAAUACGACGGCAAUUCUCUUGAUGAUAUACUCGAAAAAAACAAAAUCCAGAAAGAUUCAGUGAAAACUCUUCACGUUUUAUCAGGUGAUUUUGACAUGAAAGGAUUUGCAUCGAAAGAAUAUUCAAAUCUUGAAACAUUCGAACUUGAAGAUGGCUGCUACAGCGGUCCUAUUUCCCAAAAUAAUUUCGGACAUUCAAAAAGUCUUAAAGUCCUCAGAAUAUACAGCGAAAUAACCACCCAACCAUACUUCUUAGAUGGAAGCAAUGUCUCAGAAAUAUGUUUCACAAAUUUGAAAGAUGAAACUGUAAGUACAUCUUUUAAAACAGAUAAUCUUCAAAAUAUUACAUUGAUUGGUCCAACAACAAUUUCGGAAUUUGCAUUUAAUGAUCGCGUAUUAUUAACUACAGUUUCAAUUCCAAAUGCAACAAUUAUUGAAAAAUAUGGUUUUAGUUCUUGUGAAUCACUAAAGAACAUAAAUAUGCCGCAUAUUACAAUUGCUAAUAAUUCUGCUUUCAAUGGUUGUAAAGCUCUUGAAACGAUUAGUUUUGAAGAAUUAACAACAAUUGGUGACUUUGUUUUCGAGGAUUGUGAAUCACUUAAGAAUGUAAAUUUGCCAAAUCUCACAAGUUGCGGUCAAUCUGCAUUUAGUGGUUGUGUUUCACUUGAAACAAUUGAAUUAGAUGAAGUAACAUCAAUGGGUGGAUCUGCAUUUUCCUAUUGUAAAUCUCUUAAAAAUGUAACAAUUCCUCAUAUCAAAAUUGUUAGUAAACUUGCAUUUUAUAACUGCGAAGUACUUGAAACAGUAAACUUUGAAGAAGUAACUGCUAUUAAUGAAGAUGGAUUCUCUCAAUGUGAGUCUCUGAAAAAUGUAAAUAUUCCUCACCUUCAAACUAUUGAAUACCAAGCAUUUAUUAGUUGUAAUUCACUUGAAACAGUUAAUUUUGAAGAAUUAACAAUUGUUGGCACAGAAGGAUUUUCUUCAUGCAAAGCUCUUAAGAAUGUAAAUAUUCCACACCUCCAAACUAUUAAUGAAAGUGGAUUCGAAUAUUGUGAAUCACUUGAAACAAUUGAAUUCAACGAAGUUACAUUUUUAGGCAGAUAUGCUUUCAUGCAAUGUAGUGCAUUAAAGAAUGUUCAACUUAAAUCUGUAAAAACACUUUCAAGAGGAUGUUUUGCAUCAUGUACAUCAAUUGUUGAACUAAAUCUAACAUCUGUAACAGAGAUCAUCGAUGAUUCUGUAUUUUCUAACUGUCCAUCAUUAAAGACAUUGAUAUUAACAAAUUUAGAAAAAGUUAAUUCAAGUUGUGAAGAUAUAUUUGCUUUUUGCUAUGAUCUCAAAGAUAUUUACUUUGGCAAUUACCCACUUAAUAAAUUCCAUAAAGAAAUAACAUUUAAAGGUAUGACAGUUCAUGUUCCAUCAGAAGAUUCUUGGGGAAAUUAUGUUUCUCAAUCUCAAGAAAUUUCACCAAAUCACUAUAAAUGGUAUGGUUUCGAAUUCACAUAUUAUCCACCUCCAACACCACAGCCAACAUAUCAGCCAACAACAACAGCGACAGGAUCACCAACACCAGAUGAUAAGCAAAGAAGGAAGCGAGUUAUAGUUAUUUCAUCUACAGUUUCUGUUGGCAUUCUCAUCAUCAUUGUUAUAUUAGUAGCAUUCGUUCUUAUCUCAAGAAAGAGGAAACAAGUUGAACUUCUUCAAUCUCAACCUCUAUUAACUCAAGUUUAA